AUGGGCGACCCAGAUGGCCAGAGUCAACUCCGUGGCCGGCCUAAAGCCAGCGCCCUUGGCGCCCUUGAAAAGACCUCCCAAAAAGGGGCCUCCAAAAAAGCACAGACGAUAGCCGAACCCCGUGGACUUUCACCAUUCGACGCUGGGAGUCGUCGCUUCGUGAUCGUCAAGCCCACCGACGACAGAGCGCCCUCCAAGAAGGAGCCGUUUUUUAUUCGUACUAGAAUCUUGGCGAAUGGUUCAGAGACUUUAUUCCUGGAUCUGAAAGACCGAAGCCCGCAGGCCGAGCUGAAGGGGGUGCUUGGCAAUAUCAUUAACAUCAAUCUGGAUGUGCUCAAUGCUACAGUGGAAGUAAAGGUCCUUUUCCACUACAUCUACCUGCUACUACGCCAUCGGGACGGUAGAGGAGACGAAGACGAAGACGAAGACGAGGAAGAUGAGGACGAAGACGAGGGCGAGGAAGGUGAUCAAGACCAACAAACCAGCCAAGUCGAAGGAGAUGAGAGUCGCCAAGUCGAAGGAGACGAGAACGGCCGAGACGAACAAGACGAAGAGGAGCCACGAGACAAAGAGGAGCUACAAGACCGCAGGAGGUGCUCUCGGCAGACCUCCAAUUCCUGA